GUGCAUUCAUACUUGCCUUUAACGAUUGGCUCAAAUUAUGGCAUUGUUCAAUAAAUAAGAUAUAUGAUCUACUCUUUAGAGGAUCGGUUGCAGACGUUUAGAAUUACAGGACAUGGUCGCAAUAAAUCACGUUCAUAUGUACUGAAUUUUCAACCAGGAUUUGAAUUGAACUCGUUUGGCGUAAGUUCGUUCUUAGCCGGAGGUUAUAUGAGUAUAAUUUUUACCGGCCUAUGUCUGAAAAAUACGACACCUCCAUGUUGCCACAAGUUGAGGCUUUGAGAGUGUGCCUGUCAUGUUGGCGCCGAGUGCCAUCAGUCCUGAGUCGCCACAUACACCAUCAGCGGUUUCCAAAUAGCUCACCUCUCACAUGUAGCGGACAGUGUGGUUACAGAUGGGCAAGUCUUCUACAAAAUAGUGAAAGACAUAUGUCUUCAAGUCAAGGAGAAAAACCAGACAUCUCAUCAAAUCCUUUCUUUGAUAAAUAUAAAAAGAAACUGAAGACCUUGCAAAAGGAGGAACCAGAGGUGUUUGAGUCCAGACUAGAUGACCUGAGAAAAGGCCCAGCUCUAGAUAUGGCCCCACCCCCUGAGGAAGUACAAACUAAAACAAGGGACACAACCCAAGCAGGGACUCCUGAGUUUACUGGACCCCGGUCUUGGCCUCCAAAGAGCUUGGAUGAAAUCAUGAAAGUCGAUAUGAUUAAAGAUUUACCAGUAGAAACAAUUAAAACUAUUUGGCAGGAGCAUCACCUGAAAAAAGACUGCAUAUUCUCAGUAGUGCCAAAAGAAGAAUAUGAUGAGAUAAUCACAAAAUCUAAGCUCAAUCCAGCAUUUUUAUUUCCACUGCCGAGAGGAGACGGUUAUGAAUUCUUCCUGUGUCAGUUUAAUGGAAAAAAUGUUUUCUUCACAUCAUUGGCUAUGUUUCAGUUGAUAAAGGAGAAUGCCCCGGCCUGCCUGUCAGUUGCCCAUUUCCCUGAACUGAAAGAAGAAAAGGGCAUCGCCCUGAUGGCUGGAGAGUACGAUGACAAAAUAAUUAAAAAGAGCGAGGCAUUGAAUCUAGUAAAACAGAUGUCAAUGUUCUAUGGGAAAUCAGCGGGUGAGAGGUACCUGCUAUUGAGGACAUUUCAUGCCAACCCAGGGGCUUUUGACCAUAUGCAGCUUAUAGAAGAAUACAAAAGAAAUAAGGAUUAUCUUGAAAACAAUCUUUACUGAUUAUUAUUAUGUGAUUAGAAAGUGUUAUUGAUUGUAUUUUAUAUUAAAAUGUUACUUUAAGAAAUGAAGGAAUAAAGUCUUGGAAUUGCA